GAAGCGGAAGCGGAAGACAAAAGCAUGCAGAGAGUGAGCCGGCGGUCCUGUGACGACGGCCCCCUGCUGGAGGAGCAGGAGACGGAGGGCCAGCGCCAGCUGCACGGCCUCCUGCGGCAGCAGCUCCUCACCGCCGUCGACAUCGAGCGAUGUGUCGCCAAGAGGAAGUGCUUCGCCCCGGCGGCGCUCUACCGGCCGUUCGGCGCGCAGGCGGCCGGCGUGCGGAGCCUCUCCGAGUUCCGGGCGCUGCAGGACGGGGAGACGGACCUGGCCAGCCUGCGGGAGCUCGGGCUCACCGAGACGGAGAUCCUGCUGUGGCGGAGCAGAGACGUGCCGGAGAAGUCCCACGGCGUCUGCGCGGCUCCAGUUGCGAAGCAGCAGCGUCUGCAGGUGAUCAGAGACAAGAUGGACGCCCGUGACGAGCUCCUGGCGCGGCCGCAGCGCUUCGCCGCCAGCCAGCCGCUGUCGCGCCGCGAGAUGGAGAUCGAACGGGCGCUGUUCCACGGGACGGACCGCCUGGGGUUCCUCACCGCGCUCUACCACCGAGAUGAAGAUAACCAGGAGAGCCAGGAGGGGGCGUCGUCCUCUGAUCCGAUGGACUCCCUCUACAGGGACGUUCUCCGCAAGGAGAGAAAACCACCGGCGGCGGCGGUGGCGUUGGGAGACCCGUCGAGAGGCAGUCUGGCGUCCGACCAAUCGCAGGACUCGCCGACAGACGACAACCAAUCGGGAGAAGCCUCUGACCGCCGACCGCGACCCGAGUCCGUUUCACAACGGCCGCUCGCUCGGGCCGGCCCGCCGCCGCCUGCUGCUCCGACACGCGUGGGUAUAAGCCGGCCAAUCGGCAGCCUGCGCGGAGCGGGCGGGGCGACGUCGGGGGGGCCGCUGACCGUCAGAGGGGAGAUCGAGACGAUCUCAGACGGAGACAUCCGGAAGAACCGCGAACCGGAGGAGGGGAUCCGGAGCAUCCCGAGGUUCAGGAACUACCAGCAGGGAAACCCCUCCAAGGUGCUGUGCGUGAAGAACCUGAGCGCACAGGCGUCCGCCGCCCAGCUGGUGGCGCUGUUCUCCAGGUUCGAGCGUGAGAACGAGCCGCCGGUGCUUUACCGCCUGCUGACCGGCAGGAUGAAGGGUCAGGCCUUCGUCACGCUGCCGGAUGCCGAAACGGCCCAGAGAGCCUUGCAGUUGGUCCAUGGUUACCGGUUGCUAGGGAAACCUCUGGUGGUGGAGUUUGGCCGUGAGCGUCGAGAAGAAGAGAAACAGACGGAGGAGGAGAGGAAAUAAAAGAAAAGAAUCACAUGUCAUCGCAACGCGGAUCCUCCAGAGUUGAUGGAUGCGAUUUAUAUAUUUAUAUUUAUUUUCAUUUUUCUGGAUGAAAAGUGGUGUUUUUAAAUAAAAUGUUUUUGAGCUUUGCAGUAAUAAU